AAAACGUCAAGCGUCAAGUCCACGUUUAUUUUCGUUUGCUAUUUUGUGAUAUUUUUCAUUUUCUGGACAGAAAAAUAUUGCAUUUGAAAAAAUGACUAAAAAUAAUGACGACGAUGUACUUUCAAUAAUAGCUAAUAUAAAAAAGACUCGAGAUCAAAAUGACGAAGAACUUGAUGAGAAUAACACUCAGGUAACUUUAACAGAAAUGCGCGGAAAACCGAAAUCUGGGAGGUUUUGGAAGUCGAAAAAAGAAAGGUUUUCAGCCAUAAAUAAAACAAAGGGUUUAAGACUCGACUUUCAGAAAAAGGCUGCCUUACGCUUAGAGUUAAAAAGAACUAAGGAAUUAUCUAAACAGAUCAAAGAACAGUUAAAACAAAAGGAAUUAGAGCGCAAGGAACGGCGGCGAGAAAAUAUUAAAAAAACAGAGGAAAAUAAGAAAAAAUCAGAAAUAGUGCAAGUAAUUACAAAUUCAGCUAAACUGAAGAGAAUGAAGAAGAAGCAAUUAAGAUUUAUACAGAAAAGGGAUACCAAUAAAGAAAUUGAAGCUAAUAAAUAAUAUUAACUAUCAAGACUCUUUCCUUUUUGAAAUACAAUAAAUAAAU